AUGACUGGAAGUGAUCCUCAGUUACCUCUUAAUGAGAAUGAUUCACUAGACAUGGUUCUCUAUGAAGUCCUAAACGAAGCUAUGGCUAUCAGUAAUACUACUCCACAGCUGACUUCCAGAGAUCUCACAGUUCAUAACCGUGCCGGCGUCUUAGAACCGAGCGGGCGCAUUGGAAAGAAGCAUUAUAGAGGUGUAAGACGCCGUCCGUGGGGGAAAUACGCCGCUGAAAUCCGUGAUUCGUCGCGACACGGUGCUCGUCUAUGGCUUGGAACGUUUGAUACUGCAGAAGCUGCUGCCUUGGCUUAUGAUAGGGCUGCGUUUAGGAUGAGAGGUGCUAAGGCACUAUUGAAUUUCCCAGCUGAGCUUGUGGCUGAAGCUAACUCUGUAGUGCAUGGAGUGAAGCCCAACUCCAACUCUAUCAUCCAUAGAAUGAAUAAGGAGGUGGGGUUGAGCUCAAUUGGUUGUUCUAGUGGGAUCACAAAGGUGGAUGACCAAUCUGAAUCAGAAAACUCUCCAGUUGUGGAGUUGCAGGAUUUGGGGGCAGAUUACUUGGAGGAUUUGUUGUCUCAGAUGGAUUAUCCUUCCUCUUCCUCUUCUUCUAGUUCAUGUAAUGUUGCAACAUAAUGAAAAAUAAGAGAUUA